AUGAGAACAUUCCUCGUAGACGACAACCACAUCCCCAUCGACAUGCGAACCUACAACCCAAACCCCAAUUCAACAUCCCUCAUCAGCAUCGUCGACUACAACAUCCCCGACGGCUACAACCUCUACGACGUAACCUUCCAUUCCGACACCGUCCACACCCUCCUCACUUCCAAACCCGACGCCGUCAACGACUGGCUCACCGACACUCUCCACCUCCACCAACCCCACCCCUUCAUCAUCGCACUCCACCUCGAAUCCCAACCCAACAACAACCACCAACCCGCCACUCUCCACCUCUGCGUCGACCGCCGCUGCGUCAUCUACCAACUCGCCCACGCCCAAUUCAUCCCCUUCCACCUCUCCUCCUUCCUCCGCGACCCCAAUCACACAUUCAUCGGCGUAGGCAUUGAUGCCCACGCCGCCAGGCUCUUGGAGAUCCUUAAUCUUCCUGUGGCUAACUGCGUCGACCUCCGCUCCCUCGCCGCCGAUGUGCUCGGUGACGAGGCGAUGACGGCGGCGAGUCUUACUACGCUGGCGCGGCGCGUUCUCGGGAAGGAUGUGGAGAAGCCGGAGAGUGUUGCGAGGAGCAGCUGGGACCGUGUGCGACUCACGGCGGAGCAGGUGAAGUACGCGACUGUGGAUGCAUUUGCCUGCUAUGAGAUUGGACGGCGUCUCUACUGUAAUGCGUUUUGA